AUGGAAUCUCACGUGAGUCAGAACUACUCUGUAGAAUGUGGGAUUGCUGUUAAUACUGUGGCAAACCUGGAAAUGCAUGCUAGCCUUGUCUACCUUUCCAUGGCUUAUUACUUUGAUCGGGAUGAUGUGGCCCUCAGUCAAUUUGCAAAACUGUUCAAGGCUCGGUCUGAGAAGAUGUGGGAAGCUGCAGAGAACUUCUUGAGAUAUCAGAAUAAGCGGGGAGGCAGAAUUGUCCUGCAGGACAUCAAGAAGCCAGAGCGGGAUGAGUGGCGUAACUGUGUGGAAGCCCUGGAAACAGCCCUCAAUCUGGAGAAGAGAGUAAACCAGGCUCUGCUCAGCUUGCACAAGCUUGUGCUGGAGAAGUCUGACCCACAUCUGUGUGACUUCCUGGAGUGGGAGUACCUGGACCAGCAAGUGAAAGUCAUCAAGUGCCUGGGAGACCACAUCACCAAUCUGAUGCGGCUGGGAGCCCCCCUGGGCCAGUACCUGUUUGACCGGCUGACCCUGGAAGACAGUAGCUGAGCUCUGCUAUAGCAGACACCUGUCAUGCAAGGUUCACCCAA